AUGCCCCUCCCCCCCCGAACCGCCUCCCUCAGCCGGAGCACCAACGAAACCAAAAUCCAAAUCUCCCUCUCCCUCGACGGGGGUAUUCUCCCUCCCUACGAAGCAAGCCCUCACUUCCCGGCGCCCAGCGACCCCGCGCAAGCCGAAGCCGCGAAGAAGGGCAUCGUGCCGGACCCGGCAGCCGCACACGCCACACAGUUCACCCCGACGCAGCAGAUCACCAUUAACACGGGGAUCGGGUUCCUGGAUCAUAUGUUACAUGCGUUGGCAAAACAUUCCGGGUGGAGUUUGGCGGUGAGAGCGAGGGGGGAUUUGUUUAUCGACGACCACCACACAACAGAAGACACCUUCCUCGCAUUGGGCAGCGCAUUCACCGAAGCGCUCGGGGCGCGACAAUCCCUCGCGCGAUUCGGGCGCGGCGACGCGCCGCUCGACGAAGCGCUGUCCUGGGCGGUGAUCGAUCUCUCGAGUCGCCCCUGGGCGGUCAUUAACAUUGGGUUCCGACGGGAGAAGAUCGGCGAUUUGAGUACGGAGAUGAUUACGCAUGGAUUGCAGAGUUUUGCGCAGGCGGCGGGGGUGACGCUGCAUGUGGGAUGCACGUACGGGGAUAAUGAUCAUCAUCGGGCGGAGAGUGCGUUUAAGGCGUUGGCGGUGGCGAUUCGGGCGGCGUGUAUGAGACGGGUCGAGGGGGAGGUUGGGGCGGGGGAUGUGGUUAGUACGAAGGGGGUUUUGUGA